ACCGAGUAGGAGCGAAGACAAUUUGGACCUCGUGACUUUCCUUAGUGCGGAAGUGAAAGAAGAAUAACAUUAAAAAGCUCGUUUCAACACAUUCCUAUCAAAAUAAUACGGCGACAAGGUUAACACUUCCAACGUGACUGAAUCAUUAAUUUGGUAAAUCUUUAAAUAAAUCUGAAACAACGAAUGUUUCGUAUUUAUCCUGCGUGAGCUAGUCGUAGCCAAAAUGGGCAGCGUCGCAGCUGUUGUUAUUGUCUGCGACUGCGUAGUUAGCAUACAAUAAUAUUGGCUCUACCUACUGUAGCUAGUUAGUUCUACUCAUCCAUUUUACAUUUGAGUUAUUUAGCAGACGCUCUUAUCCAGAGCGACUUACAGUAGUGAGUACAUACAUGUUCGUACUUCAUCCUGCGGAUUUCCCCUAUUUGCGGGCUAGCUGUUCACUUUCACCUUUCCUACCAUAUUUGUUUCACAGUUUUGAGAAUGGCAGAGAUGCAUAUUCAGGCAAAGCUGGUAAAUCUUUUAAAACAAGAUAAAAUUCAGCUCUGGAACCCACCAUACACCACAGAAAACAACCAGGCAGGACAGCAACCUCUGCAGCAGCUUGCAGUGAACUAUGCACCCAUUGUGUGCUUCUCUGUGUCUGAAGUGGCAAGUGCCUUGGAGAGCAUCAGAUCCCAAGCAGUAAAGAGAGGAAUGGGGAAUAAGACCUAUAGAGAGACAUUUGUGGCCACGUUGGAACUCCUUCUGCCUAAAGACGGAAAAAAGGAUGUCAAGAAGAAGAACUAUUUGGAGACUAAACUGGAUGUCCUUGCACAAGAUAUCAUGGCUAGGAUUGCUGAACAAUAUGGACUCAAAUACAUCAAGUUAAUUUUGAAUGGGAAGACACUGACUCCUGAGAAGCGUCUGGAUGAACAGGACGUGAAGAACAACAGUAAGAUUAUGGUUCUGCGGGUGAGCGAGCCUGAGAGGAAGAAACAGAUGGCGGAGGAGGAGGAGAAGAAGAAAACUCAGGACCUGAGUGUCCAGAGAACCCAGAAGGGCUUCCAGAUCCUCUCCGAGAGAGAUGGCACUGAUGACCCAGCCACGACUCCAUUCCUAGAGAUUGCUGAUCAGAAGGGGAACCCUCUGAAAAUACCUCACAGAGAGAAAAAGGCUUUGAUUCUAGCCAUGGGGUUCCACGAGAAAGGCCGUGCUCUGAUGAAGAGGAAACAGUACGACGCUGCUCUGUGCCACCUGUUGCAAGCUGACGACCAGUUUGGAACAUGUGGCUCGGUGCUCUUGAGCACGGUGGACAACUAUGCAGUACUGCAGCUGGACAUCGUGUGGUGCUACAGAGCCCUGGAGGCCCUUUCCUGCCUGGACGACGGCAAGCAGAGGCUGCAGAGAGCCGAGGACUGCUUCCUCAAGUGCUACGGAGAGGAGCAGCAGAGGCUCAUGCAGAUCAAGGGAAACACAGGACGAGAGGAAGUGCUGUUCCUCAGGCUGUACCUCCUACAGAGCUUACUAGCAUACCUGGAUGGUAACGAACACCAGGCCACACAGAAGCUAAUGCGGGUGGAGGACCUGUAUGGGCGUCUGUGUCUGGACCCAGGGAAGAUGACCGGGCUGAUGGGUCUGGGUUUCUCUGAGCAGGAGGCCCGUCUAGGCCUGAGGGCCUGCCACGGCAAUGUAGACGAGGCCGCGCUGCACAUCACCCACAGGAGACAGGAGAGGGAGGAGAUGAAACAGCAGGAGAGGGAGAAGAGGAUGAGGCGUAUGGAGGGCCUGGCCACCCUCAGAGCGCUGGGUUACUCCAAGAGAGACGCUGCCCGGGCCCUCCAUCAGGCAGACGGGGACAUGGACAGAGCCUAUGGGAUUCUUCUAGAGUCCACCCAGGCUGAGUCUGCUGCUGUAACCAACCACAACACAGAGCUCCCCAUAGAUCAAUCCAAGGUUGAGCAGCUGUUAUACCUGGGCUUUGAGCCGGAGGCUGCCGAAGCUGCACUGAGGCUGACGGGGGGAGACGUGCAAGGGGCCACCCAGCUACUGCUGGACAACCAGGGGGUCCUGCCCCCAGAGCUGCUCUCCCCCUCUCCCCCCUCCUCAUUGUCCGAGGAGCCCAGCACCUCCUCUGAGUCCGCAGGCUCUGGGAGCCAAGGGGAGGACCCUAUGGACGUAGACCUGGUGAAUGAGGUGCUGGAGGAUAUCCCCCGACAUGAAGAAGACUACCUGGACCUGACCCUGGAGGAGGAGAGCGAGGUCAUAGCUCAGAUGAAGUCCUACCUCCACAGGAACUGUACCCCCUCCAGCUAAAGUGCCGUCAAGCCGGCAGCCAUUUUUUAACGCACUUCCACCA